AUGCCAAAGCCUGCCCCAGCGGUGAGUUCAUGUGCGGUAACCGUAAGUGCUUGGCCACGGUCUACGUGUGCGACGGGGACGAUGACUGCGGGGAUGGCAGUGAUGAGCUGAAGUGCUCCUCCCCUCUGACCUGCGGGCCCAACCACUUCCGCUGCAACUCCUCCGAGUGUGUGCCGCUCAUGUGGAGCUGCGACGGGGACCCCGACUGUGCAGACAGUUCAGACGAGGGGCCGGAGCGCUGCGGUGGAGACGGGGUCCCGUACCUGACCAAUCGCCGGACUAACUGCACCACGGAGGAGUACCGCUGCGCUAACGGGGAGUGUGUGCGGCUCGCAUGGAAGUGUGACGGAGACCCAGACUGCAAGGACAAGUCGGAUGAGUUUGAAUGCCUAUGA